GCCGGAGCUCAGCCCCGACUUGUUGAUCUCCUCCAGGCAGCCGCCGCCGCGAGGGCCAGAGGAGGAGGCGCCUCCCGCUCGCGGUGCUGCUCCGUGCGCCCCCCGCGCCCCCAGCCUCACGGAGAGCGCAUCCCUGCCCCGCGGCGCCUGCAGCCCGGACGCGGCGCCUGCCCGGCCGGGCUAGGCCGGGCCCAGCCCGGCCCCGGGACCGCCGCUGCCCGCGGGCGGGGGCGCCCGGGCGGCCGGGACGAUGCACGGCCCCUGGCCCCAGGAGGCGGCCGCCCUGGGGCCGUCGGGAUGGAGGUGAGAAGACGGCCGUGACGCGCACCUGCUCCUCCGCUGCACCCCAGCGGCCCACAGCGCUCCCUGCCCCCCUCGCCCGCAGCAGCUGCGGGGCCUUGCGGUCGAGUGACAGCGGCCUGGGGGGGCGGGGGGGGCGGGUGCGGCCUGACCAGCGAUGCCGGCGGGCAUGACGAAGCAUGGCUCCCGCUCGGCCAGCUCGCUGCCGCCCGAGCCCAUGGAGAUCGUACGCAGCAAGGCGUGCUCACGACGUGUGCGCCUCAACGUCGGAGGUCUGGCACACGAAGUCCUCUGGCGCACCCUGGACCGCCUGCCCCGCACGCGGCUGGGCAAGCUGCGUGACUGCAACACGCAUGACUCGCUGCUCGAGGUGUGCGACGACUACAGCUUGGAUGACAACGAGUACUUCUUCGACCGCCACCCUGGCGCCUUCACCUCCAUCCUCAAUUUCUACCGCACGGGGCGGCUGCACAUGAUGGAGGAGAUGUGUGCGCUCAGCUUUAGCCAGGAACUGGACUAUUGGGGCAUCGACGAGAUAUACCUGGAGUCGUGCUGCCAGGCGCGCUACCACCAGAAGAAGGAGCAGAUGAAUGAGGAGCUCAAACGCGAGGCCGAGACACUCCGUGAGCGCGAGGGCGAGGAGUUCGAUAACACAUGCUGCGCCGAGAAGCGCAAGAAGCUGUGGGACCUGCUGGAAAAGCCCAACUCCUCCGUGGCCGCCAAGAUUCUGGCCAUAAUUUCCAUCAUGUUCAUUGUCCUCUCCACCAUUGCCCUGUCACUCAACACCCUGCCCGAGCUGCAGAGCCUCGAUGAAUUUGGCCAGACCACAGACAAUCCCCAGCUGGCCCAUGUGGAGGCUGUGUGCAUUGCAUGGUUUACCAUGGAGUACCUGCUACGGUUCCUCUCCUCACCCAAGAAGUGGAAGUUCUUCAAGGGCCCACUCAACGCCAUCGACUUGCUGGCCAUCCUGCCGUACUAUGUCACCAUCUUCCUCACCGAGUCCAACAAGAGCGUGCUGCAGUUCCAGAAUGUGCGCCGCGUGGUCCAGAUCUUCCGCAUCAUGCGCAUCCUCCGCAUCCUGAAGCUAGCACGGCAUUCCACGGGCCUCCAGUCCUUGGGCUUCACUCUGCGAAGGAGUUACAAUGAGCUGGGUCUGCUCAUCCUCUUCCUCGCCAUGGGCAUCAUGAUCUUCUCCAGCCUGGUCUUCUUUGCCGAGAAAGAUGAGGAUGACACCAAGUUCAAAAGCAUCCCAGCCUCAUUCUGGUGGGCCACCAUCACCAUGACAACUGUUGGGUAUGGGGACAUCUACCCCAAGACUCUCCUGGGAAAGAUUGUUGGGGGGCUCUGCUGCAUUGCAGGGGUCCUGGUGAUUGCUCUCCCCAUCCCCAUCAUCGUCAACAACUUCUCCGAGUUCUACAAGGAGCAGAAGAGACAGGAGAAAGCCAUCAAGCGGCGAGAGGCUCUGGAGCGAGCCAAGAGGAACGGCAGCAUCGUGUCCAUGAACAUGAAAGAUGCUUUCGCCCGGAGCAUUGAGAUGAUGGACAUUGUGGUGGAGAAGAAUGGGGAGAAUGUGGGUAAGAAGGAUAAAGUACAAGAUAACCAUUUGUCCCCCAACAAGUGGAAGUGGACAAAGAGGACCCUGUCUGAAACCAGCUCAAGUAAAUCCUUUGAAGCCAAGGAGCAGGGAUCCCCUGAGAAGGCUAGAUCGUCAUCUAGUCCCCAGCACCUGAAUGUCCAACAGCUGGAAGACAUGUACAACAAGAUGGCCAAGACCCAGUCACAGCCCAUCCUCCACACUAAGGAGGCAGCCACCCAAAGCAAACCAAAGGAGGAGCUGGAAAUGGAGAGCAUCCCCAGCCCUGUGGCCCCUCUGCCCACACGCACCGAAGGGGUCAUCGACAUGCGGAGUAUGUCGAGCAUCGACAGCUUCAUCAGCUGUGCCACGGACUUCCCUGAAGCCACCAGGUUCUCCCAUAGCCCUUUGGCUUCACUCCCUACCAAGACUGGGGGCGGCGUGGCCCCAGAGAUGGGCUGGCGGGGCGCUCUUGGUGCCAGUGGUGGGAGGCUUGUGGAAGCCAACCCCAUCCCAGAGGCCGGCCACUGCUCUAGCUUCUUCAUUGAGAGCCCCAAGAGUUCCAUGAAGACCAACAACCCCUUGAAGCUCCGAGCACUCAAAGUCAACUUCAUGGCAGGUGAACCCAGUCCGCUGCUCCCCGUUCUGGGGAUGUACCACGAGCCUCUUAGGAAUCGGGGGGACGCGGCGGCAGCUGUUGCUGGCUUGGAGUGUGCCACGCUCUUGGACAAACCUAUGUUGAGCCCCGAGUCCUCCAUCUACACCACAGCAAGUGCUAGAACACCUCCCCGGUCACCUGAGAAGCCCCCAGCGAUAGCGUUCAACUUCGAGGCGGGAGUCCACCAGUACAUUGACGCUGACACGGAUGAUGAGGGACAGCUGCUCUACAGUGUGGACUCCAGUCCUCCCAAGAGCCUCCAUGGGAGCACCAGCCCUAAGUUCAGCAUUGGGUCAAGGUCAGAGAAGAAUCACUUUGAAAGCACUCCGCUACCUGCAUCCCCAAAGUUUCUAAGGCAGAACUGCAUUUACUCCACGGAAGGGUUGACUGGAAAAGGCCCCAGCGGUCAGGAGAAGUGCAAACUCGAGAACCACAUCUCCCCCGAUGUCUGCGUGUUGCCAGGGGGAGGAGCUCACGGGAGCACUCGGGAUCAGAGCAUCUGAACUGCCCCCUCCCUCCAUGGAGAGGAGACUGUGCACUGCUCACCUUGCCUGCCAGAGGGCUUCUGUGGUUGAACUCUGCAGAGCCCCCCUCCUCACCAGGGAAAAGAGAGACUGCAGAGCCAACAUCUUGGGGCGCAAAGAGCCAUGAACGUGGGCAUGACGUUUGCCAAGUCAUGUCACGCAAUUUCACCACCCUCCUUGGGGGCCGGGGAUGACAAGAGUGGAGCUCCUAGGCCACCACCACCAUUCACCACCAGGGCCACCCACUCCCCUGCCUUCCCUCCCGGCUUUCCAUCACAGCCACUGUGGGCAGCAUUCCCACCCUCCUGGCCUUAGCCAGAGAAGGCUGCUGGACCAAGGGGCUGGUGUAGCCAGAGCAAGUGGAUUGAGGCAGCGUUGCAGUUGCCCAGCCAGUUACGAGGAACGCUGCUCUGUUAGCUCCUGCUGCUGCUCCAAGGGUCCGGGGAAUGCUGGUGAUGGGGGAAGCUCUCCAUAGAUGUCUCCACUGACUUCAGUGUUCUGUAUUUGGAGAUGUCAUGAGAGGAAAUUGCACGCCUACUUUUGCUCAGUGUUAGUUGCCCUCUGGCAGUCUGGAAGAGGCUCAGAAGGCAGGUACUGAGCCAAAAGUGUGAACCCAGAGGAUGGCUUUAGGAUGCUAGAAGGAAGAUGCUUCCUGACAUUGCUAGGGUAGACUCAAAAGAUAUGCAAGUGUCAAAUUAUGCAAAAGACACAGCUUAUUCAAAGCGAUUGUGUGUUACAGAAGAACAGCAUAAAAAUUGGAUUGUUUUUUUAAACCUGCAAAAAUGAGAGAGGAAAAAAAACACACCCCUAAUUGAAAUGCCCAGACUUUUGAAUACUUCCUGCUGCGGUAGGUACAUCACCUACUACGAUAGAAAUUUUUUUUUUCUUUUUUGUUUCCUGUGAUAUUCAAGCUCAAAAAAAGUUAAUAAAAAGCACUUUAUGUUUUUCAAAAAUAGAUUCUACCAGGGACAGUGUCAACAUCUUGCACUUUAAAAUGAGCACUAUUUUCCCACGGGCCACUCAUUGGAACUGUGGUGGGGUUGUUGCUUCUUGCCUGUUUCUGACCACGAUGGGUGAGAUUGUGCUGGCAUCUCUGAUUGCCCUAUCAGUCUGCGGGCUCCUCCCCUAGCUCUUGGAAACGCUCCCCUUCACUCUCAUGGGUCAGCAAGGGUCCUUGGCCCAUGGGGCGGG